AUGGCCCCGUAUGCACAGGGCAACAUCGCAGCCGAUGAUAACAUGGUCGGAACAGUCCAUGGUGUCUCCGGACCUGUAGUUAUCGCCGAUCAAAUGGCCGGUGCUGCCAUGUAUGAGUUGGUCAGAGUUGGGCAUGACAAAUUAGUCGGCGAGAUUAUCCGAUUGGAAGGCAACAAAGCCACCAUCCAGUGCUACGAGGAAACAUCGGGUGUGUCUGUUGGCGAUCCAGUCGAGCGAACAGGCUCUCCACUUUCUGUUGAGCUUGGACCGGGUAUUCUUGGCUCUAUUUUUGAUGGAAUUCAGCGCCCCCUCAAAGAUAUUGAAGAUAUGACACAGUCCAUCUACAUUCCCCGCGGUAUCACAAUCAAUGCUCUCAAUCGUGAGACUAAAUGGUCCUUCACACCUGCCCCCGGCGUACAGGUCGGAUCGAGACUCACUGGUGGUGACAUUUAUGCAGUUGUAAAAGAAAACUCUCUGAUUGAACAUAGGCUCAUGGUCGAACCUAAGGCGAAAGGAGAAGUUACCUUUAUUGCACCCGCUGGCAACUACACAAAUGAUGAAACUGUGUUAAAAUUAUCAUUCAAUGGCGAGGAAACUGCCUUUACGAUGGUUCAAAAGUGGCCCGUACGAACUCCUCGACCAGUUUCGGAUAAAUUGCCCUCAGAUCAUCCUCUCCUUACUGGCCAACGCGUUCUUGAUGCCCUCUUCCCAUGUGUCCAAGGUGGCACGACUGCAAUUCCUGGUGCUUUUGGCUGUGGCAAAACGGUCAUCUCGCAGUCUUUGUCCAAGUUUUCCAAUUCUGACAUCAUCAUUUACGUUGGUUGCGGCGAGCGUGGAAACGAGAUGGCAGAAGUACUCCGUGAUUUCCCUGAGUUAGAAGUCGAAAUCGAUGGCCGAAAGGAAACCAUCAUGAAACGAACCGCUCUUGUUGCAAACACCUCUAACAUGCCUGUCGCCGCCCGAGAAGCCUCAAUCUACACUGGAAUCACUUUGUCCGAGUACUUCCGAGAUCAGGGCUACAACGUUUCGAUGAUGGCCGACUCCACUUCCCGAUGGGCCGAAGCUCUUCGAGAAAUCUCCGGCCGAUUGGCCGAAAUGCCCGCUGAUUCUGGUUACCCUGCUUAUCUUGGUGCGCGACUUGCCUCCUUCUACGAGCGCGCUGGAAAGAUUGAUGCUCUUGGAACUCCCGCCAGACUUGGAUCUGUCUCCAUCGUCGGAGCUGUCUCGCCUCCCGGUGGUGAUUUCUCUGAUCCAGUUACUACUGCCACUCUGGGUAUCGUUCAAGUCUUCUGGGGCUUAGAUAAAAAGCUCGCCCAAAGAAAGCACUUCCCAUCAGUCAAUUGGUCUUCGUCAUAUUCGAAAUACGAGCGCGCCUUGGAGGAAUACUACGACAACAACUUCCCUGAAUUCCAGCCCCUGAGAACAAAGUUCAAGGAAAUUCUUCAGGAAGAAGAGGAUCUUCAAGAAAUCGUCCAACUCGUCGGAAAAGGAUCGCUCGCUGAAACUGAUAAAAUUACACUCGAAGUGGCUCGUUUGAUUAAAGAUGAUUUCCUUCAGCAGAACGGUUAUUCCCCUUACGAUAGAUAUUGUCCAUUUUAUAAAACUGUUGGCAUGAUGAAGAAUAUGAUUCACUUCUACGAUUUGGCCAGAAAUGCUGUUGAAAAUACUGCCGAAAGUGAAAAUAAAGUCACCUGGAACGUUAUCAGAGAGGCCUGUGGUCCUCUGAUGCAUAGUUUGUCUUCAAUGAAAUUCAAAGACCCAGUCGCGGACGGCGAAGCAGACAUCAAAGCUCACUUUGAAAAACUGAACGAAGACCUCUCCACAAAGUUCAACUCACUGAUCGAUAUCUAG